AUGACUGGUCAAGAACACAAGAGACAAAGAACUGAAAGUUCAAGUGCCAACGCUGAAGAACAGCAGUAUUUAGAUUUGAUCCAAAGGAUUCUCGAUGAAGGUGAAUUUAGACCUGAUAGAACCGGUACUGGUACAUAUAGUAUCUUUGCUCCACCACAGUUGCGUUUUGAUUUGUCCAAUGAUCGAUUCCCAUUAUUAACUACUAAGAAAGUUUUCACAAAGGGUAUAAUAUUGGAAUUACUUUGGUUCAUUUCAGGUUGUACUGAUGGUAAAAAGUUAUCUGAACAGGGUGUUAAAAUUUGGGAAGGUAAUGGAUCUAGAGAGUACCUGGAUAAAAUUGGAUUGCACGACAGACGUGAAGGUGAUUUAGGUCCUGUUUACGGUUUCCAAUGGAGGCACUUUGGUGCCAAAUACAGAACUUGUGACGAUGACUAUACGGGACAAGGGUUUGACCAGUUACACGAAGUGAUUCAUAAAUUGAAAAAUAAUCCCUACGACAGAAGAAUUAUCAUGAGCGCCUGGAACCCACCAGAUUUCCCAUUAAUGGCAUUACCACCAUGUCACGUAUUUUCACAAUUCUACGUUAGUUUCCCCAAGGAGGGCAAGCCUAAAUUGUCAUGUCUACUGUACCAGAGGUCCUGUGAUAUGGGGUUGGGAGUUCCAUUCAACAUUGCAUCCUAUUCACUUUUGACCAAGAUGAUUGCACAUGUGUGCGAUAUGGAACCUGGUGAAUUUAUCCAUACCAUGGGUGACGCUCAUAUCUAUAAGGAUCACAUUGACGCUCUGAAAGAACAAUUGAGCAGAACUCCAAAAGAUUUCCCACAGUUAAAGAUAGCAAGGAAAAUGGAUAAUAUUGAUAACUUCAAAUACGAAGAUUUCAAAAUUGAAAAUUAUCAUCCACACGGUAGAAUUCAAAUGAAUAUGAGCGUUUAA